AAAAACUAAAUCAAACCAAAUACAAAAAGUCAGGGAGUUCUAUAAUUCCAGAAACAGAAAGAUGAGUUCAUCAGAAACUGUCAAACAAAUCUCAGAAUGCUUCAUAAAACCAAAGUACAAGGUGCAUGAAGCAAAUCAGCCAUACUACUUAGCUCCUAUGGAUUUAGCUAUGCUCUGUUUUCAUUACAUCCAAAAGGGUCUUCUAUUCAUCAAACCAUCACAUUUCAAUAAUCAAGAAUUCUCAGUAAAUAAACACCUUCAAAGUCUGAAAGAGUCUCUUUCACUUACCCUAGUUCAUUUUUACCCACUCGCAGGCCGACUCGCCACACGUAUCAACAAAAAUCAGCAUGAAAGCUUAGUCUAUGUAGACUGCAACAAGGGUGAUGGAGCUAGGUUUAUAUAUGCUACGUUAAAUAUGACCGUAUCUGAGAUUCUGUCACCGAAAGAGGUUCCUGUGGUGGUUCAGUCAUUGUUUGACCAUGAUCGAGCCAUUAACCAUGAUGGUCAUGAACUGCCUCUGUUAUCGGUUCAGGUCACUGAGCUUGUAGAUGGGGUUUUUAUUGGCUGUUCCAUGAACCAUGCGAUAGUGGAUGGAACCUCAUAUUGGCAUUUCUGGAAAUUAUGGUCAGAAAUACAUAGAGCUAAUAAUUAUAAGCAGCUUCUUGUUUCACGUCUUCCCAUUCAUGAACGUUGGUUUCCUGACGGGUAUGGCCCAAUCGUUCAACUUCCCUUUACCCACCCAAAUGAAUUUGUAAGCAGGUUUGAAACAGAUCAACUCAAAGAAAGAAUCUUUCAUUUCUCUAAAGUUUCUAUAGCAAGAAUAAAAGCAAAGGCCAACAAAGAAAGCAGCAACACCUGCAACAACAUUUCUUCCUUUCAGAGCCUCUCUGCACUUGUGUGGAGAUCAAUUGUGAGAGCAAACUGCUUAUCUGAAGAUCAGAUCACAAGUUGCAGAAUUGCUAGCAACAACAGGCAUAGAUUAGAUCCUCCUCUGCUUCCCGAAUAUGUAGGUAAUUGUGUUACUGCAAUAGUAACCACUACUACUGCUGGUGAACUACUUGGACACAACUUAGGGUGGGCAGCGUCAUUGUUGCACCAGUCAGUUGUAAACCACAGUGACAAAACAGUGCAUGAUUUCAUCAAUGGAUGGCUCCAAUCUCCUUUUGUUUACCAGCCAUGCAAAAUGUUUGAUCCUUACAGUGUGAUGAUGGGAAGCUCACCAAGAUUUGAUAUGUAUGGAAAUGAAUUUGGUCUUGGGAAAGCUGUUGCAGUUCGUAGUGGGUAUGCAAACAAAUUUGUUGGCAAAGUGACCGCUUACCCAGGUUAUGAAGGGGGCGGGAGUGUGGAUUUAGAGAUAUGUCUACCACCUAAUUCAAUGAGGGCUCUUGAAUCAGAUGAAGAGUUCAUGACUGCUGCAACUGAGUACAACAGAUAUGGACUAAUAAAGAAGGUAUCCCAAAGGGGCAUGUAACAUGUUACGCCAAUGAUCCAGAUUCUAGAAUAAAAUUGGUAAAACUGGAAACAUUUCUGUUCAAGUUAAUUCCAACUCCUUCAUGUCUUUCUAUUUCAAGUCAUUCUAUGUAACUGAAUAUGAAUAAAAAUUGUUCCAGAUAGAAAUAAAUACCAAGAGACUCUAA